UUACUGCUGACAUCUCGGUUUUCUCCCAUCCCGCAGAAGAACAGGAAAGUUUGGUUCUCUCACCAGCAUUACUUUGUAGGAUAAUAAAUUACAGUGGAAGCGAAAGCAUUGUCAUUUAUGCACAUCUGAGUUAUGGUGAGUUUGCUGUUCUCGAUGCAACAGUGGAAGCUGUUGUGACUCGGCCUUUAUCACUGUCUGGCAGUUAUGAUACGGCCACCGUUGAAUUGAAGGACGAUGGUCGUGGUGCUGAUGUUAUUGCAAAUGAUGGAAUAUAUUCAGGAUAUUUUACUAGAUUCACAUUGCAAGGAAGAUACAACGUCAAGGUUAAUGCCGCCGGAGACGGAGAUAAGGCGCGACUUGACAUUAAUCAUAUUCUUGGUCUGGGACGUCGAAAAAAUGACUUGGUCAAAGUUGAUACAAAAGAUGUUUUACAAAAUAUGGGGAACAAAGAAGAGAAUAAACGGAAAAUCCAGAAAACGACGCUCAAUUAGAGGAAUAACGAGUAGGAUGGGAAAACUGAAAGCUUUCAAACGAUGGAGCACACAACAGAAAGAAUUCAUCGUAAAUGACACAACUGCUGUAGUUUGUCCAGAUGGAUAUUACCACUUUCAAGACAGUUGCUAUAAGUUUGUCCGAACUCCAAUGGCAUCAUUCACUGAUGCAUCGAAAUUUUGUGCAAAUGACGGCGGAUACCUCGCACACGUGAAUUCAAAUCAAGAACUUUUAUAUAUAAUGGACACCAUUGGAAAAAAAGAUACAUGGUUCGGAGGAAUUCAUCAAUCGCUGAACAGAGAUGACAUAUCAGUUGAGUUUGUAACAAAACGCAUUAAAAGAGGACACGAAGAUGAAGAUCUAGUCGUAUUGGCAAAUUUAUUCAACGAAAUUUACCUCAAUGAAGAUACCAGAAAAAUAAUUGAAUCAUUUGAACCAGAUUUAGCUGGAUUAAGCAGAAAAGAGAUUAACAAGAUUAUUCGAGUACUGGGAGGAACAUCAGAAUCUGACAUUCCUUUACUGAAAGAAGCAAAAUUACUGAGACUACAAAAUGUCCAAGAUAUGUUGACGACAGCAAGUAUGCGCACUCGUACUACACAACACAUGACAACAACUGUAAGUUCGAGGAAUCGACGACAAGCUGGAACUCCACCAUCAUCAAGUGGUGAUUCUAGCGAACCAUCAACAGGCGUAUUUACAACGAUAGCAACAUCCACUGAAAAUGCAACACUCGCACUUGCAAAGAAAUACCCAGAUCAAAAAGACUACUUUGGAAGUGGAGAACAGGAUCCAGAAUGCUCAUGGUUUAACGAUGGUAAAGUAGUUGAAACGUCAGGCGAUGAAGUUUGCAACAGGGACAAGGCUUUCUUUUGUGAAAGACCAAAGAUCGAUCUUUUUGAACCUUCACGCAUCACUGAUUUGAAAGUCAAAGUUACUGAAGAUCUCAAUAUUGUUCGACUUGUAUGGACGGCCACAGGCGAUGACAAGACUAAUGGAAGAGCGAAAGAGUAUGAAAUACGCAAUCUUAGAACGAAGCGAGCUCGAAAGCUUGCAAGGAAUUUCAAAGACGGUGAACUAUUGAGCUUCGCUGCAAUAUUAAAUGGAAGUGUCGAUGUUGCCAAAAUCUCGGGAGAACGUGAAGAAUUAGUCGUCAAUUUAACAGAAAUUACAGGUUGCCCACCACAUGCUGCACUGGACCUAAUAAUUCUCCUACCUCGCCGAGUACUUUCUCCGAGCUCCACAUCACGAAUCGAAAAAGAAUCAACUUUGGGUUUAUUCAGGACUUUAUUUUCCAUCUUCAAAAUCAGUACAUAUGAAGUACAAGUGAGCGUUGUUGCUAUACAAGAUCAACUUGGGAGAGUUCUUCUGCGUGAUUCUACUAGUGCCAAUGAAGUUCUGAACAGUAUUAGGCAGGGAUUAGAACAAGACAACAGACUCAGACAGGAAGUCAGAUACCAUGACACUGUAAAAAUAUUAGAAGAUAUGAAAUCAAGGGGAAGAUCGAUCACACCAAAAAUUUUAUUAUCUAUAUUGACGGAAGAAGAUAUGGAAGAGUUGAUAACAUAUGAAAACACCACUGAUAUGUUCAAAAUUAUCGUUGGUGUUGGAAUUGCAAAUGAAAGUGACGUUCGCGCCGUAGUUUCAGAUCCGCCAUGUGAAAAUGCAAUAUUUGCUUCAACGUGGAAAAACUUGAAUGAAACGUAUCGUGAAGUCGCAUCUCAGCUGUGUUAUGCAAGAAAUGAUGAAUAUCAGGCUUGGGGCAUUGUUGCUGUUGACGAAGGAGGUUUACGCAGUGAGCCUAGCAAUAUUGUAUCAAACAUUAUUCACAACCAUCGGAGGUUGGUUGAUUGUCCACCAGAGCCAGAAUUACCUCAACCCAGCGUUGCAGGAAUCGAUGUUACAGUCGUAACCAUUGCAAUUACAAUACCUCUUGCUGCCAUUCUUGGUAUCGUUGGCGCAGUUAUAUGCUUUGGUCAAGUGAAAAAAUACAGAAAAAAGAAGAGAGAAAAAAAGGAGAGAAAGGAACGUGAAGCGGAAGAAGCGGCUGCAGAAGCAAAAAGAGCCGAAGCAAUCAAAAAUGCAGGGAUCCGUGGGAACGUUCGCGCCAACAUGGUCGGUUUGUUACAAAAUGUUCGGCGAAAUUCAAACCUGAAGCUGAAGAUCAACAAAACAGCACCAGUGACGCAGCCACCAGUUUAAAUUACACUCAUGAAGACUUUACUUAUAGACAAGUCAAAAGGUGUCACACCGCCCCAUAUGAAGUGCAAACAUGCGACUUCCGCUCCACACCAACUAUAAAAAAUAUUCAUACGCGUUUAAGUCAAUGCGUCUACUUGGCAUUUACAUCAUGCACCACUGUGCUACAUACAUGCGCUAUUACAUAUUGUUAGGUAAAACCAUGCUGAGAAUUCCAAUAUGGCGCACAUACCUCGAGGGGUUGCAGUCACGGUAUGACCUGGACACCGAUUUGGGUAACAUAAACUUCGCAUAGUAUUGUAACAAGCCAACAAGAAUGACUACAGCUGACAAC